UAGGAAUGUAGUUUCGUGCUUUUCAUAUAUUUCUUGGAUCAUAUGCCUACUAUAUACGUUGUAUAGUUUAUGUGCCAAAUAUAGGGCUUUAUAACGCUGGCCUAAUAAUGUUUGUGUAAAUAUAGAUUUGGAAUUACUCUAAAUGUUUUAACCAGAACAAAAAGUAUAUUAUCAAAAACGUAUAAUUAAUCAUGGAUUUCUACAAACAAGAUUUGUUAUCUGCUUAAAUCACAAUGCCUCGAACAAGAAUAAUCAGUCGGACUAAAGCACCAGUAUCACCGCCCACAGUUGCUACAUCGUCCGUGUUAUCAUCAAAAGUCCUUAUGUCUAAGAAAAAGGUGAUUAUUCACCCGUUGUCGUUCACCAACAAAACUCAUACACAUCGAUAUCUAGAAGGCAAAGUCUGCCAAUCUAAUCUUGGUGAAUCAAACCAGUACAAUAUAACUGGACCACUGACUGAUGAAAUCAAGUAUUUCACGAUCAAUGAUCAACAUCGCAAUGCAAACACGAUUGUUAAAUUGAGAUCACCAUCAUUUGAACACUAUUCAAAUCGAUCUCAACGGAUUAGUUGCUGCAGAAUUAGAAAGGAUUCCGACUCCGCUGAAUUUAGCCGUGCAGAACAUCAGGAAAGUGGAUAUUGUUGUAAAUAUCGUGAUAAAACAUUUUCCAUUAGUUCCAAUCAGACUAUAUGUGAAGGUAGUGCAGAAAGCUGCAAAAUAGAAGAGAUUAAUGACGUAUUUCAAAUUAAGGAUGCAAAUAAUGUUGCUUCUCUAGACCAAAGUAAAAUAAACUGUAAGGGGCACACUGACAUCAGCAAAAAUACUGGCAAUGAACGUAGAAGCCGAAGUCAUAAAAAAAAUGAUUUUGAUACGGGUAUGUAUAGUAUUCGAGUUUUACGCGAAGUUCACAGAAGUAACAGUGAAAAUAAAUGCCCUUUGACUAUGAACAGUAAAUGUGCAGAAAAAGUUAACAAAAAAGAUCGAUCAAGUGUUACAGUAGAUAAAGUAGACGAUUUUAUGAGGGGUGCAACACAUUUCGAACUUUCAUCGCAAAAUCCGACAAGUAUUUCAAAACAAGGGAUGAAAACAAACGCUGUUGAAUCGGACGAUAAAACCGAGUGUCCUCUGAUUUCCGGCUUAAUUCUAAAUUUUACAUCUAACCAAAAAGCUGUGUCACGCGAAUCAGCCACAAAUAUGGACUUCAUUCAAGACGAGGACAGCAAUUCUGAUAGUAAAACAUGCCCCUCCGUAUUAGAAAAAAACGUCUCCAAAGCUAAGCGCAGAAGAAGGCGAAGACCAAAAAGACAACUAUUGGCCACAACGACUGAUAUCAAUAGUACAAUAGUUUUUCCUACGCAUUCAGAGUCCAACAUUACUUCUGUUGACAAUAGUUCUUGCUCGCAUUCCUCGUGUACCUCCCUAGAAUUAAGUAUAGAUUCACGCAGUUCUUCAGCUGAAAGACUAAGACUAUGUUCAUCUCCUGACUUUGUCUACGACCCUGAAGUCGCUAGUCAGAUUCCCUUUUAUUUUAAAGAACCCGUUUUAGAAGACUCUGGUCUUCCUCACUUCACUGUUGAUUUUAAUUGCAAUUUACAAACGUGCGAAGACGGAGAUGAUGAAAGAUCAACGUCUAGCUGGACUGAAUUCGAUAAACUGUCAGAUUUUGAUGUUACCUUUCCUGAUCCACUAUUUGAUUUGGAUAAUUGUGAACCGUCAGAAUGCCUUAUCGAAAACACAACUGGUAGUGUUUUGACCUCAAAUGAAGAAGAUCAUAACAUUGCAAAUUUACAACCUACCUCACCCAUAUGCGUUUUAGAACCUUUAGAAAUAGAUUAUGACAGUUACUUGCCAGCUCAUGUGCUUAUGCAUGUAAAGAGAGAUCUUGUCAGUGUAUUGAUGGAGUAUGGUCAGACUCGUGAGGUCAAAGUUUCAUUCAAGGACAUGGAGCGAUCUGGACCUCAUCAUGCAUCUAGGUUCCACACAGCAGCUGUAGUUGAUGGUGAAACUUUUCCCACUGGCUCAGGCUCCUCUAAAAAAAAUGCUAAAAAGGCUGCAGCUGCUCAGGCAUUAAAAAUAAUGUAUGACAGGGGCAGAAAAAAUUUAGAAGUUGUCAAUGAAAUGGCACAUAAAAAGCUUAGAGCAAUGUCUGAUGAAGAAGUAGGGUCUCAUGCCCAUAGAGUUGUUUUGGUAUCUCGUCAUGUUUUGGACACUGCAGAGGAAACACAAUUUAUCAAUUACAGCAAAGACAAAAUUGCAGCAGCUUUUGUUUUGGAAUAUCAUGGCAAAAUGAGAGUUGUAGGCUUGGGAACUGGUAAUCGAUGUAUACUUUAUCAGCAUAUGACAUUGGAUGGUAAGCGUAUAAUACAUUCUCAUGCUGAAAUUAUUGCAAGACGGGCCUUUUUAAGAUACUUAUAUAAGCAAUUGCAAACCUACAAUGGAAAUCGAUCUCAUCCCAUUUUUACUCGGAGCGACACUGGAAAGUUGAAGAUCAGAGAUAAAAUCCAAGUUCAUCUCUAUAUUUCUAGACCUCCUUGUGGAGAUGCUGCAGCUUUCCCAACAAUCAGUAACUUUCCUAACAAAAUGAGGGCCAUUCGUAAGCAGGGUCAAUUAAGAACUAUUAUAGAUGAUGGUGAAGGAGCCAUUCCAACAGAUUUUCCUGUUCCAGCUGGAGCUAAUGGAAAAGAAAGGUUGCGUAUUAUGACUUGUAGUGAUAAAAUAUGUCGCUGGAAUGUGCUUGGAGUUCAAGGUGCUUUACUGUCUCACUUUUUGGAUCCUAUUUACAUUAAUUCUUUAGUCAUAGGAAGUCAUACAGGAGAUCAGAGAGGUCAUGUACCACGUGCUGUCAGUGGCAGACUAAAAUGUGGUCGUUUACAUGAAGUAAUACAGCGACCUUACAGAAUAAACACACCAGAUAUUCACUACCCUCAUGAUGAUUUAGCUGAUAACUAUAACAUUACCAAAUCAAAGCAGUAUUGUAUUACCUGGUCUUAUGGAGACAUUGAUGCUGAAGUCAUAGAUGCAAUCACUGGUGUCACCAAUAUGGAAGCAAUGGAGGAAGUAAUCCCAUCUCGUGUGUCUAAGAUAACUCUGUACCAGUUAUUUCAACAAGUAUGUAAAAGGUAUGGAAGACAUGAUCUUGCCAAUCUUGAAUAUCUGAAGGCCAAACGUUCUGCGACCACAUUUCAGAGGAUGAAGAGCUUUGUAGGCCAGCACCUUGCCGCCAUGGGUUUCGGCCAGUGGUACUCCCUGCAGGAGACCUAUGGAACGGAUAGUCUAAAAUGUCCCGGGCCGUGCUAGCCCCGUUCAUGCGCCUGCCGAUAUGGGCUCUCGCAAAGCGGAUCCAAACACGUUACACUCUCACUGUCUUCGUUUGGUAUGGUCUGCAAUGCUGAGAUAAAACGAGAUAAUCUUGCACUAAUUUUCUUUUAUCUGAGCAACGCAAAACCUAUCAACUCUUUUGUUUGGUUAGCACAAGAAGAUGACCUCAUCUUCCAUGUUCUAAGUUUGUAUGACUUGAGAUUUGCAAAUCUGUGCCUUUUGUCUCCACCCUAUUAUUUUGCCAGAGCCAGAAUUAAAUAUAUUUUUAGACAAAUUAAUACCUUUAUUUAUCCUAUUAUACUUUAUUUAAUUAUGUAUAAAUCAGUUUUUAUAUCACUUUUUUCUGUUUUAAAUGCUAUAUGUGAAUCUGAAAGUCCUUAUUAUAAAAUUUAUUCCUUCUGGAUUUAGGUAUUGUAAUAUUUUUUGUCUUCAACUAUAAACCUUUCAAAAGCAAGCAGUCAUAUGGUUGCUUGGGUUGUGGGAUAAAACAGACUAAAUGCUCAGAUUUGCUUUUCUCUAGUUACUUCCCCUGGUCAUAUUUUAUAUUUGUUGUUUUUAAUUAAUUUGUUCUAGUUCACUUUUUUUUUACCAAAAAUUCAAUUUGCAUUUUACAUUUCAAAACUUGAAAAACUAAAUAUACUAUGCAUUUAAAGAUAAAUUCCAACUUUUUGAACACACUAUAGCAUAAAGGUGGGGAAAAUACCAUCACUAGCCAUUUCAGUGUUAGAAUAGUAAAAAUGUUGACAUUUAUUGUCUGCUUUUAAAAAAAUCUAAAGGCUAAAAUUUUGGUGCAUCUCUAUGUUAAUGAUUUUUUUCCAACAAAUAUCUUCCAUUAUGUAUUUAGUAUUUUCUUCUAGCAUAAUGCACUGUAACUUUAGAUUUUUUGUGUUUGUAUAAUUAACACAAAAAGUAAAAUUUAAUAAUAGAAUAUAUUUUUGCAUAAAAAAUAUUGGAAACAAAACACUUAACAGAAACAUCAAUAUACAGAUAUAGCUUGCUUUAACCAAGUAUUGAAAUUUAUUCAAAGUGGCCAUCUAACAACCAUUUAUGAUUCAUUCUACCCAUUAUUGCAAUUUGAAAAGCUUCAAACUAUUAAUAUGCACUAUUUUGAUCCCACUUUUUAAAUUUAAAGAUUGCUUAAAAUUCUAGUCAUGGUAGAUUCGUUGUGGGGGCAUUGUACAGAAAUAUAUUUAUAUAAAAUAUAAAUAUUUUUUAUACUAAUUUUAUACUAUUUGAAAUAAUAAAUUGUUUUAAUAACUAAGGACUAGACUCCUUUGUUAAUAUUCAUAUGGUUUUAAUCUAUUGUCUCUAUCUUGAAAUGUUUUUAUACUUGUUAAAUUUUUAAAACCUUUCUUAAAGCCGUCUAGUGUGUUAACCUGGUUCCAGCUAGUCAAAAAAAAAUUCUAGUUAAAAUUAAUAACUUCGCAUUUACUGCAAUUAUUAUAACCAAAUGAUUUUCUAUGUUAACAGCAUUUUAGAGGUAAAAGUUCAAUAGUGGAUAUGUAUUUAUUUUUGUUAGAGCUAUUAAAAAAAAGCAUUUAUUUAUUUAAAAAAAUAAUUGAAAUGAAAAGAACAAUGAACCUUUUUAAGAAAUAUAUAAUACUUUCUUUAUUCAUUUGAUCUAUGGUUGAACUAUUCCUUGCAUUUUGGGAGUUCUGUGCCUUACUUGUUUAGUCUAUAUUUAUAAAGUGAUUUUUAAUUAUAUUAGGAUGUUUUGCAAUGCUGCCAUAUCCUUAGAGUUGUGAAUUUUAUUAGUAUCUUGUCAUAAUUUCCAUAGUACUAUUGUUCUAUUUGGAUCCAAAAUAAAAAAAAAUAACCAAUAACAUUGAUUUCAAUGUUUUUUAAGUUUGUUUUGUUUGUUCUACAACUGCUAUUGUAUAACAUCUUUAAGGGUUACACUGCCUGCAAACUCCAUAUUUGAUGA